GGCGUCAACGUCAUAGCAGAAUCAAGAGGUUGCAGUUUACUUGAUCUAUCCAACCUCUCUCUGGAUAGCCUUUCGGCGGAUAUCGGUACCCUGACGAAUUUACAAGAUCUGUUUCUUUAUGAGAAUAAGCUGUCUUAUCUCCCCCCACAGAUAGGAAACCUACGUAGAUUACAGAAGGUAAGUUGGAUUUACAGCAUGCACUUUGGUCAGCUGUGGCUACAAGAAAACUAUAUUUACUCUUUACCGAGUGAAAUGGAGCGCUGUGCAAAUUUGACUCAUUUGGACCUUCGUCACAAUCGCCUGGAUGGAGCACUUCCAUCAGUCAUCUUAGGUUUACGCUGCCUGCAACAGCUCCUGCUGACAUACAACAAGCUGAACGACAUUUCUGGGGUUGGUAACCUUAAGGAUCUUCAAAUUUUGGUUGUCAAGUCCAAUAACCUCCAGGGCCCUCUACCCGAGGAUCUGGGACAGCUGACCAAGCUACAAAUCCUAGACUGUUCGAAGAAUCGCAUAACUAUUCUGCCUGAUGUGCCGUCUCUGAUUCAUAUUUCAGCCAUUGCAAGCUGUACCAAACUGAUACGCCUUUUGCUUGACUACAACUGCAUCGGUGAACUUCCUUCCUCAAUUGGAUGCUUGAAACAACUGCAACAACUUGGGAUU